GGCAACCGCUGCCGCGUGAGGAGGACAAGAAUGGGUGAAGCGGGAAUUUGCAAAGGGCUGGCCUCUGCCCUGCCACCUGUCCCCGGCGCUCCUGGCCCCGGCUCCCCGGAGUUCGGGCCCGGCCUGGCAGCUUCGCUUGUGGAGCUCCCCCAGCCACCGGGCAAGAGACGCAGGGAAAUGGCCAAGACGGCUCCCGUUCGGGUGCCUAUAAAGUUUGAGGAUGUGGCCAUAUAUUUCUCAGAACCAGAAUGGAAAAACCUGAACAGGUGGCAGAAGGAGCUUUACAAGCAUGUGAUGACCGUCAAUUAUGAGACCUUGUUCUCCUUGGGUAAGAUAAUAUUCAUUGAGAACUUGAUGUGCUAACUUCCCAGAAAUAUAGGCCACAUCAGUAGUUUCCUGUUGACGGGUUGUUAUAAACAACUUAGAUAAAAAAUAUUGAAUAUUAACCUACUUGUUAAUGCUGUUGGAAUGCCUAAUAGAGCUUUGCACUUAAUGUUUCUUGAAUUUGCUGUUUAAUCAAUGGAAGAACUGGCAUUGUGAUGUCAAGUUAUAAUAACAAUACUUGCCCCUCCUCUGAUUAAGCAGUAAACUCAAGAAAGAAUGUGUGAAAGGAAUGGAAUCAAAAAGUUACAUUGGGCCUUUUGAGACCGCUGAAUAGGGAGUUUCCAUAGAUGUGUUAAUAUAAUGUGAUGUAUCUCAUAUGUAGUAAUAAUAAUAAUUCCUGACCAUGAUUUAGCUCUUUGUGAUUUUUACAAAACUCUUUAUAUCAUCUCACUUGAGCUAAUUUAGCACAUGCUGCUAUUAGAUAAGUAUGGCAAGUAAUUCUGCCCUCCUUUUACAAAUGAGAAUACGGAGACUUAGAGAAGUUAAGUGGCUUGCUGCAGAUCACAGGCUUAGGGUUAGAAUUGGGAUUCAUCCCCAGAUCUCUCUUGAAUCCAGCCUCAGGGCCAUUCUGCUCCAGAAUGCUCAUUCACAUGUCAUAUUUCAGCAAGGCAUUUAUCAAAAUUUCUG